AUUCUUUACGACAAAUGCACAAAUAUUCAAGUUCAAGGGAUUUAGAACUAACUCAUGGUCACUUAGAUGCCGAAUUACAACUAAGCAUGAAAAUGUUCAGGGCACAGCGAAACUGCUAUAUUGCUGGAUUUGCUCUCUUUUUGGCACCGGUAAUUCGUCGAUUGGGAUCCCUUUUGUCAACGCAAGCUAUGUUGAAGGCCAGUGCAGAUGCUUCACUGAAACAAGCCCAAAGUGCUACAGAAGCAGCUGAAAAACUUAUGAAAGAAAGUGAAAAUCUUAAAAAAAUGACUGGUAAAGAAACUGAAGAAAAUAAGAAGAAUGAAGGGCAUGAAAAAGAAAUUAAAACUUUGAGAAGAGAACUAGAUAUAACAACUGAAGAACUGGAAAGAACAAAAAAGAAGCUUCAAAGUGUUGUUUCACAGGCUGAAGGAACAAAUAGGGAAUAUGAUCGACUGCUGGAGGAGCACUCUAAGUUACAGAGACAACUUGACCAAGCUCGAGGUGAUGCUGAAAAUAAAAAAGAUGAAUAGUUCACUUCAUUUUAAUGCAUUAAAUAUUUGAUCUGUAUUUAUCAUCAUCUGUGUAUUAAUUUUGAGUAGAUUUCAUGUGGAAAAAAAAACAUUAAUAUUAACAUUUAGAUAUGUUUUUUUUUCUUUUUAUAUUUGAAUUUUUCUUUUCUCUAAACUGUGUAUUAAUCUAAAAUAAAUAUUUUUUGAAAUA